AUACUAUUUGAAUGUACACGUUUGUUUGUUGUAUAUUAUCAACACGAAUAUAAAUAAUGUAAAUUAAUCAAGUGUUCGCUGUUUUUCAUGUUAGUUAAUAUUUCCCACAAGUUUGUCUGACUCUAUUGGAAACAGGCCGCUAUCACACGUAGCGUAUUGCACGCGACGCGCGACGGUCUCCGUGCGGUGUACAGUAGCGAACAAUCACAAUUAUAGAGAGGAACCACUUCAAACGAUCGACGAUAAUAAAAUAGUAUUUUAAGGACCUUUUGUUAAAUAUUGUAUGAGUAUAAUAUUUUGUGCAAAGAAAUAUAGAUAUUUGUAAUUGAGGUAAAUACUAGAAAGACUUCUGUGUGUUAGAUAAUAGAACAUUUUAUUCUUAUUUAUAAGUACUUGGAUCUUAAUAACAGAAUUACAUAUUGAGCAACACGAAGCACUCCAUAUGCUUCGUCAUUACUGUAAAGUUUAUUUUUAGGCAGACGAUAUAUCUUGCUGCACUUUAAACGUAUAGCUUUAAAUUCUUAGUGAUGAAAUAUCAGGGCGUUGCUGAGCGUGAAAUAGGAAAGCUAAUCUGCAGAGUAGUUGGCGUCGAAGUGGAGGCGAGUUUAUCUUUUGUGUAAACUUUCAUUCGGCACCGCUAAGCCGCCCAGUUUAAGCUGUAAGGUAGCCGCAUUUCUUAGGAAUGCGCUUUAAGCCGCCUUUAUGUUGCACUCGAACAGGAAAUUAAAGUAGCACCUUUGUUUCGAUGAUGUUAAUAAAUAAUACUACUUAAGAUUUUCAUUUUGUCGUGCCUUUACGACAAAUAAGUAUGUAAUAAACAAACACGUCCUAAAAUAUACAUCCAUCAUCAAGGUUCAUUGGUUUGAAAUCGAAUACGCACAUAAUAUACGAUAAGUAAUUAUAACGUACUUUUUCAAUUAAACUGUUUACGACAACGGUUUAUUGCGGCAUCCAUUAAUAUACAGCGGGAACACACUCUGCGGGUAAUCUCCGAAUUUACGAGUGCUGACAGCGGUGCGGUAUGCCGUUGAACAGCACAAAAUAUUUGCAUACCCGCAAACACGCUCCCACAACUUUAAUCACGGCCGAGUCAAAAAUGUUAUUUGUAUUGUUUCGUAGACUGCGCGCUAAUUAAGGCGGCCUACGUCAAGUCACACACGCUCAUUGUACCCCGGACGGUACUGUACACGAAGACCAAAUGAAAGAAAUUGAAGGAAAUUACAAAAGUAUGUUUUGUGUAAGCGAACCUAAUUGAAACCGAUGAGGAAAAAUAUUUGCUGUAUAAAUAAUAAUGUGCGCGCAAAAACCUUAUAAACAACAUGAUACAAGAUAAAAGGAUAAUAGCAAUAAUACCUUUAUGCUUUUAGACCUUUAUAUAUUUAUUAUCUGUAGUUAGAUUAAUCAAACUGGGAAGUAAUAAGAAAAAUACAUUACUCUGGUAUUUUUUUCUUUUUGUAUCAGAUUCAAUAGCUGCAUCCAUUUUGUUUCUUACUCAGUUCGCAAACAGAAUCGGUGUAAAAAUCAUAAGAACAGAGACAGGCAAUGCAGAUAACAGAAUGGCGCAAUAACGGAAGCGUAUUGCGGAUAAAAAUAACCAAAAUAUGUACUAAUACAUUUAUCGUUUAAAAAUCCAAGUCAUAACGCGACAUACGCCCACCCAUACCCAUCGAGGGUAAAGAUAAACCAAUGUGCCGAUACGGAUCUGUUGGGAAAGAGCGAAAAUCACGAAUCGUAGAACUUAGGACUUCAGAUACUGGUGAGUUUUGAGGGCGCUGAGCAUGGCUCGACUUUCACGACCACCACUCUAUAUCAAAAGUUUUAUCUCAACAUUUUAUUGUUAUUGCUAUUUUACUGCAAUUGGUAAGUAAAGAGAGAGUACGUUGCCAGCGAUACGGGAAGCGUGUUACACCUUAUGGCACGAUGUCACGCGUGCCUUACCGUGAGACACAGUAAAAACCUAAAUUACUUUUAUAUUUUUACAAUAUUUUGUCAAGGUAAAGCUAACAUAAGUUUUAAGAUUAUUUUUAGUUUUUAGAAAGGCACUUAGGUGUCGAACAAGGCUCUUUUAAUUAUAUAUGUAAGGCCCGGUUUCACCAACAUAGUAUAAGUCUUAGUACAAGAAUAAAUCGUUAAUUACUCUCGAGUAUAUCCAUUUUACGUUUCACCAACAUUUAAACUAAUGAUAAAACCUCUAUACUAGAAUAAGGUCAUAUACCGCCAAUUUCGGUCAUAUAAGCUGCUAAUCUUUGGUUAGAAGUGUCACUGUCAAGUCAGUUCAUCGCAUUUAAAAAAUGGCGCGCCGUUUGUAUGCAUUAAUAAAUGAAACCGAUAGCGAAGAUGAUGAUUAUUUUUGUCCUCGUCCACGGUGGUUUAAGGAAAGGGCUAAUUAUUUUGAAGAGUACGACGAACACGAUUUUGUGAUAAGAUUUCGCUUAUCCAAGGAGGCAACAUUAAGUUUACUGGCAAAAAUCGAGCACCGCUUGGAGUAUACAUCAGAUAGAAAUAAGCCAAUAUCGCCUGUCAAUCAAUUAUUAGCUACAUUAAGAUUUUACGCAACAAAUAAUACCCAAAUGAGCAUUGGUGACUUUGUCGGUAUCAGUACACCAACGUCACACAGAGUUAUUCACCAAGUCAGUGCAGCAAUAGCAUCGUUGCACAAAGAGUAUAUCCGAUUUCCAACAACACGCGAGGAAAUACGAAAAGAACAGGAUUCAUUCUUUCAAAUCGCUAGAUUUCCGCGAGUCAUUGGUGCAAUGGAUUGUACUCAUGUCCGUAUAUCCUCACCAGGUGGAGAUCAUGCAGAACUAUAUCGCAACAGAAAGGGCUACUUUUCCAUCAACGUGCAAACUAUUUGCAAUGCAAACUUGGAGAUCACUGAUAUAGUAGCCCGGUGGCCAGGUUCAUCUCACGACAGCACUAUAUUCAAUAAUAGUUGCAUAAAAAGUAAGUUUGAAACUGGCCAGUAUGGCAAUGCUUUGCUGUUAGUAGAUGGUGGGUAUGCUUCCACUUCGUACAUGAUGACGCCUUUAGAGAACCCUAGGACUCCAGUGGAACAACUCUAUAACGAGUCACAAAUACGGACUCGUAAUCCUGUUGAAAGGUCAUACGGGAUCUGGAAGAAACGGUUUCCUGCAUUGGCCUUAGGGCUUCGCACUAAGCUGGACAAGUCUUUGACUAUUAUUGUAGCCACUGCCGUGUUGCAUAAUAUGUUGAUGCAACGAGGUGAAGUCAAUCCCAUUGAUGAUCCCGCACUACAACUUCCAGCUCCAUGGGAUGAACUUUUACACCAUGGUCAGAUAACUCAGCAACCACAACAUCCACAACAAUACAUCAGGCCCAAUUCAGUGCGAGAUGCUAUCAUUAAUAAUUAUUUUCAAAGUAUAUUGUAACCAAUAAAACAAAUUUUAUAAGCAAUAAAUAUUUAUUUGCGUUUUUUUUGUCUCAACUCUAAAAGUAGCAACCUAGUUUUAAUUUUUUCUUGUUUUAAAAUUUCUUGUUGUAUAUCCAUUUGGAUUUCAAACAAUUUUUUAGCUUCUUCUCUCUCAUUAGCUGCAUGCUCGAUUUGGACAUUAAUAGCCUUCCCCUUCAACUCCUGCAAGUUUUCAAGAGAGGCUCUCGUAAGUUGCGGCCGCCUUUUCGACAUCCAUUCAAGUCGUUUUCCUGAAUAAGGCCUUUUUUUGCCUGAAGGUUUCAAUUGUUCUGAAACAGGCGUUUUUAGACAGUUUGGAGUGUAAUCGCCCCAAUCCUAAAAAA